GUCUUCGUCGGCCUUGCUUGGAUGCUUUUUGGCCUGGCCGUCCUCGUUUGGACCCUCGUGGGCAGUGAAGAUGAGCCGUGUAGCAUCUGCACUGAGACACCACAGUCGGGCUUCCGGCUGUGCCGCCUUGGGGUUGGUCAAGAGUGUGCCUUCGCACAUCACAGCAGCGAGGUCAUCGCGUCGAUCGUCCUCAUUGGUGUGGGCAUGGUUCUGUCUAUCUAUGCCACGUGCCUGUACCGUCCUAGAAGCAAAAGUGCGGAGGCCAUCGCCGAGGAGGAGGCCAAGGCCAAGAAGAACUACCAAGCUUUGGCUGCCCGCCUCAAGAAGACCGAG